UCAGAAAUACGAAGCUGAACGAUUGAUGGUCCAUUAACCACGUUGAAGAAAAUAGCUUGGACCCGAUACACGCGGCGAGUGUACAGAAGCUGUUAUCUUGCGAUAUCGCGUUGACUGAAAAGUAUUUUUAGCUUUAUCUCUGUGCUAAUUAAUCGAAGUUACCAUAGUUUCCACGCUCUUCUGAAUGCACAGAACGUUGAGAUAAGUAUUCACCGUGACUCGAGUGUUUUUGGAAAAAUAUUGAGUUAGUUGUAAAUUGAUGUUUUGCAGAUAAUUAUUGAUAACAAUAUUCAAAUAUUAGAGAAAUAUUAAAAAUAAAAAAUUAAUGGCCCAUGAGGGGAUCGAACCCGCGACCUUCGCGUUAUUAGCACGACGCUCUAACCAACUGAGCUAAUGGGCCGUUGCUUAAGCGCUACAAUUUUAGCAAUUUCAUUGCAGUCCAUGACAUCUUUGUUAUUUGAACGUUAUAUUUAUUAAAGAAACGAGUAAAUAAUAGGUAAAUAGUAAUUGCGAGAUUAAUAGACAUCAAUUAAAACGUUAAAAAUAAAACAAUAGAAUGUACUGCAUCCAAUAAUAAUAAUAAGAUAAUUACGUACGAACAAAGUUAAUACUGCAAACUGACAGUCUUCUAUUCAUUAAUAUUUUCCGACACCCGUGGCUGUCAAAAUUGUCAUUAACCAAUAAAUUUACAAGUACAAUUUGCAGUUACUAAAGCCUCGAUAUGCCAUCCGAACUGCCCAUUGACACUUUAAACAGACCUUUGCCGGAAAUUGUCUUCAGAAGAAAGAAUAACGCUCUAUUCAAGAAACUAGCGCGCAAGACUCACUUCAAUUUAAAGGAAGUCGAAGCUUUAGCCAUUAUACAUAGGAAGAUAACGCAGACCUUGGGUCCCAUGACAAGACUGGUAUUUAGAGACGUUCUGCAUUCCGGUUUGGAUUUUACGGAAAAUAUCCGACACUUGUACAUCGACAGAAUUUUCAGUCUUUUCGACAAGAAGAACGUUUUGCAGAUCAAUCUUGAACAAUGGAUCGAAGGACUCUCCAUAAUCCUUCACGGUACUAUAGACGAGAAGAUUCAUUUCGCGUUCAGUAUAUACGAUUUCAUGCACACCAACAAGUUGAAGAAGGAACAGAUAUUUCCAUCGAUGCGAGGUUGUUUGAUCAAGCUGCAGACAGACGAAGAUCCCGAUGAAGCUGUGAAGGACUUGAUCGAUUCGUUGUUGAAGAAGCUCGACGUCGAUCGCGACGGUGUGAUAUCCGAGGACGAGUUUUACAGGGCGGUGACAGAAAGGAAUCUCUUGUUGCUGGAGAGCUUGGGACCAGUGUUCCCGUCCAGAGUAGCGCGAAGGACGUUUCUGAGCACGUUCACGGAUCGACUUGGACGAUUCUGACUCACAGAAUCUUGGCGAAACGUGGUUCUUAUUUGCACAAUCGUGUGUCCAGUAGCUUGUCUUUGCUCGUUUUGUCAAGUAAUCAUGUAAAACUAAUGUUUGUAAUAAUAAUA